AGUAGCACGCUGACUGCAGCGCGCCCGCCUCCCGCCUCCCGCCGCUCGCGCGGUCGGCCGCCGCACGCCCCUGCCAGAGAUGGGCAACUGCAGCAGCCCGGGGGCAGCACGGGCCCUGGACCAGAGCCCCGAGGACGACGACGACGCGGUCGUGGAGACCUCGCUGCUGGCCAUGGGCCUCCUCGGCGCCAGCACGGGCGCCCGCCGCACCGUGCUGUGCUCGGCCCCGGGCGGCGGAGGCGCCGCGGACCCCGGCAGGCCGAAGGGGGUGCUGCAGGCCGGGGACCCUCUCGACCCGGCGUCCAGCGGCAUCGGCUGGGCGUGCCUGGCGGGCGCCAAGCCCAACAGCCGCUACGCGCACACGAACCAGGAUUCGUGGUCCGUGCACCGGGUGUCGGGCCACCUCUCGGUCUACGGGGUCUACGACGGCCACGGCCGGAGAGGCCACGAGGUCUCCGAGGCUGCCAAGGCGAGCCUGCCCGCGGACCUGCUGAAGCAGGGCGACGUGUCGAUCAGGCAGGCGCCAGCGCUGAUGCGAGCGGCGUUCGAGCGGGCGCAGGAGCGCGUCGGGAAGGAGGGCUUCUCGCAGAGGUCGGGCACCACCGCCACGGUGGUCCUGCACGACCACCGCCAGGACUGGCUCAUGGUGGCCCAUGUGGGGGACAGCGGCGCAGUCCUCGGCCGGGCGGUGGGCUCGAAGAUGGAGGCCGUCCAGUUGACCCGCGACCACAAGCCGGAGCUGGACGACGAGCGUCAGCGCAUCCGCGAGUCGGGCGGACUGGUGCUGGCGGACGGGCGCGGGAGCUUCCGCGUCUACAGGAGCGACUCUCGCGGCCCGGGCCUGAACAUGUCCAGGAGCCUCGGGGACCUCCAGGGGCACGACCUCUGCGGCCUCUCCGCGGAGCCGGAGAUCCUGGAUCUCGCCCUGGGCUCCGCAGACAAGGUGCUGCUGAUAGGGAGCGACGGCCUCUGGGACGCGGUCAGUCCCCAGGAGGCGGUCCGCACGGCCUUGAGGAUGGGCCCGAGGUGCGCGAGGGAGGCGGCGCAGAAGAUCGCGAGAGAGGCGCGGCAGCGCUGGGUGCUCGAGGGGAACUACGUGGACGACAUCACGGUGCUCCUGAUCCACCUGCACACCGGGGACUCGGCGCAGGACUCUGCGCAGGGCUGCCCGGCUGCGUCCUGACGUGUCGCCGGGUGACCGCGCGCCAGCUUGCACACGAGCGCGGAGGCGUUUGGCAGCGCACACUGGUGGUGGUGUCUGGGUGCCUUCUGCCUCCUUGAGCGAUCGCUAGGCGCACCCCGCAGGCGCCCUGCCCACUGCCCCCGAGCCCGCCAACGCGUGUGCGCACUUGCCCACCUCCAGCGCCGGCGGGUGACUCCUGCCGAUGCUCGGCACGGUCGAAGAAUGGGGACGGGACGGUAUCCUGGUGCAGGUCUGAAUUCCGCCCUCGCGCAUUCCGAGCGUGCCAAGGCGCUGAGGCUGGGCGAGGCCCCCGCCUGGCCAGCGGCGCGCCCCCAUUGGGCGCGCGCGUCAUGGUCUGGUAGGCCGGCGCAUGUCUGCGUAUGUCUUCUUCGGGGGCUCGGCAAGGGAACGUACGCUUCCCACUGUCAAGGCUGCCCCCUCUCCUUCUUCUCUUUUCCUUCU